AUGAAGGGACCCAUGCCUGGCCAGGACAGCAUACCGACCGACACAGAGCCUUCCAACGCCAUCAAACUGCUGCACCUGGUUUUCCUCUCCACCUCCUGGGGAAUGCAGAUCUGGGUGACCUUCGUGGCUGGGUUCGUGAUGGGCAGCCGCCUCCCUCGCCACACCUACGGCUUCAUCCAGCGCGAGCUCUUCCCCUAUUACUUCCACAUUGGCUCCGCUUGUGCCUUCCUCAACCUGACUCUUUUUGCUAUGUACCACCCCAGCGAGCUGCUCAGUGAUGAACAAACGACCCAGAUCAUCAUCUUCUUCGUUUGCAUCGCUGCUUCUGUGCUGAACACGCAGUGGUUCGGGCAGGUCACCUCCGACAUCGUGGCAGACAUGCAUCUCAUCGAGCGUAGCCACGGCCUCGGCCAGGAGGUCGGGCUCUUUACCAGCAAGUCCUGCGAGCAGUUGUGUGUCUCCAACCUCAGCUACAAGCAGCUGUCCCGGCAGCUCACCCUCUACCGCGCUCUUUCCUCUCUCUGCAACCUCUCCUGCAUCGCAUGCAACGGCUUGAGCUUGUACUACUUGGCUGCCCAUCUCUCUGCCCUGUGA